UCGAUUGCGGGAUCCAGAUGUUGUCCGUGACGACAAAAGCGACGAGCUCAGUCGCCCGAACAGUAGUUCCAUCGCGGCGACGUAGCCCGACGUAGUGAAAGUAAGCGGGCGCACGCGGAUACGGAUACAUCACGACGCGUCGGGACCGUCACGUCUUUUCUAACCUCUUGACGAACGAUGAGCUGUCAUCUAUCACUGUGCAGAGUCACCGCGACGUAACCCUCUUCACCCUCGCUUUACGUAACGUGAGCUGACCCCGUGGGAGAGUCCGUCCAGACGGAAAUGGCGAGUCCAGCGGAGCGGCUCAGAAUUUACUUUGUCACGUACAACGUGGCCACCAAGUUCCCAGAUCCCCAGCAGGAUCUCCACCAGCUUCUGGGCAUCUCGCUUUGUGGCGAGCCGAACCCAUGGCCAGAUUUGUACUUUGUUGGAUUACAGGAAGUCAAGUCGCAACCUCAGAACCUAGUGUUGGACUAUAUAUUAUUUGAGGAUCCAUGGACUAAAGCCUUCAGAGAUGUGCUGAAGAGGUACGAUUACGUAAAAAUACGCUCGCAGCGGCUACAGGGCCUCGUCUUAAAUGCGUUCUGUUUGAGGAAGCAUCUAACGAGCUUGAGACUGAUAGAGGUUCAGUACACUAAGACAGGUUUUGGUGGCAUGUGGGGAAACAAGGGUGCGGUGAGCGUGAGAAUGAAUGCCUACGGAGUCAGCAUAUGCGUAGUAAACACACAUUUAACCCCCCACGACCACCUGCUGGCCGACAGAAUCUCGGAUUACAAUACUAUCGUGACUGAUCACACUUUCACCGUUUCGGACACAUCGAAAAUCUUAUAUCACGACUACAUAUUUUGGAUCGGCGAUCUAAACUUCCGGCUGAACGGAGAAGACUUAACCGCCAGCGAUAUAGAGUCUCUGGUGAAGGAGAAGAAGCUGAGCGAGCUCCUCGAGAGGGAUCAAUUGAAGGCGGUGAUGACGGAGGGUCAAGCGUUCGCCGAGCUGAACGAAAACGGCAUCACGUUCCCGCCGACUUACAAGUACGAGUUCGAGUCCCAGGAAUUCGACUUGAAACGCAGGCCGUCUUGGACCGAUAGGAUCUUGUACAAAGUAAACGCGGUAGACAUCUACGACGACGUAGAGCUCAGCGCGAAGCAGCGUUCCUACAAGAGCCAUCCCAGUUACAGCGUUUCCGACCACAAACCUGUAACCGGGGAGUUUGACAUUACGGUCAGACCUAGUGUGAAGGACUACAUCGUGGAGUUCCAAGAGUGCACAGUGAAGGAAAGUUUCGUAUCCUACAAGCUGCCGCGGGAUUUCGCGCCGAACAACGGCGACUGGAUCGGCCUCUUCGCCAACGAUUUUUCCAGUCUGGACGAUUAUAUCGUUUACGAAUACGUCGGUCGUGGUAAAUCAACGUCAGUUCCUGGUGAACCGCACGCGACCAGCACGGACCAGAUAUUUUUCAAUGACACAGCGCUUCGUCCGUCGGAAAUGUAUUGCCUGGUCUACGUGGCUCAACGGGGAGACUUCACCGAGAUCCUGGGUGUCAGUCGGGGAUUCUCGGGCCCUCGCAGGUCGAUCGAACGACACGUUCCAUCUAUGUAAACUUGCGCCAGGGAAUCUGUUCGCUUCGAAACGUGGAACUACAUGAACACCAAUCGCUUUAUCGAGAAACUAAAUAUCAAACAGUUGCAAUUUUUUAAUCGCGGACGUACAUUUUUAUUUGGCUGUAUUGUUUCACGAGUGACCGCAAUUUUUUCCUGCAAAUUGUGAUAACAAUUUAAGAAAGGGAAUUGACACGCUUGAAGUCGUGAAUAGGAAACUUGAGUGAACUAGACCUUUAAUGGCCUUUAAUCAAAGUGUAGUUAAAAUUACUCUCUUUACACGCGUAGUAAAUUUGUAAAGCUAAAGCAUCGUGAGAAACGCGAUGCAGGCGUCGUACGUUUAAGCAUUACUUUUGGUACCUGGUUUUCGCACUCUCGUGUGUGUGAGUGCCGCUUGGAGUGCGUCACGGCGUAUUAAUCGUACGCUUUUAGAGCUUGCAGUAAAUGCACCGCCACAUUUUUUCACACGCGAGAUCUUGCUCGAUCCAUUAACGCCCCUUUGUUUUAAAGGUAUACAUGAUAUAGCUACUUAAUUUUUUUUUCACUUGGAGCGUUAAUGGGUUAAUGGGCAUGUACGAGUGCGCUCAUGUUGUUGUAUUCAGGACUAUUUAGUAUGAUAAUUUUUAGCGGAAAGUUUUGGGUUGUAGGCGACGGUAUGGCACCGCCCGUACCGUACAAACGUUUUAUUUUUAUAGCGACAUCGGAACAAAUUGAACGAACAAAUAUUGUAUAUUGUAGGAUUUAAAAGGGGACGCAAAUAAAGGACGUUAAUAUUUUU